UUAGCCGCCUCCUGUGAAAUAACAAGCGAAGAAGAGAAGGAGCCAAUAGGAUGAAGAGCAGAGUGGACUUGUACAGGCAUGUCCAGAGGGUGCACGUGCUGUUUCGGAAGAAUGACUUCAAGGCCAAUUUCCUUGAUUGAUGAUGGCAGAGGUGUCAAGAAAGAAUAAAGCCUCCUCCUGGGGGCUUCUCAGCAACUAUCGGUAUUUGUGCAAAGAAGCCAUGAUGCUUCACACCGUGGAGAAGGCAAGAGCUAGGAAUAAAUGUCAGCAGAAGAUAGUAAUCGCCAACAUGAAGAGGAAAAGAGCAGAGCCACUGGAUACAAAUAAACUGGUCAAAAAAACGAAAUCGAGUGAAACAAAGCAGGAAAGUCAAAGCAGUCUGAACUCUGAAAACAACACUGAUGCAUCUAAACCUGGGCUUUCUGUGACUGUGCCUAAAGUGUCUGACCACACUAGUUUAGUCACAGCCCUCAGAGACUGCUGGGAGGUGGACAGCGGUUUCUCCUCUGAGGCCAGUCCUCCAGCCAGUGGUCGGAGUUCACCGUGCCUCAGCUCGUGCUCGACUACAGUGGUGGCGUUGGACUGUGAGAUGGUGGGGACGGGGCCUGGUGGGCGCUGCAGUGAGCUGGCCCGCUGCAGCAUCCUGGACUAUCAUGGUAACGUCCUGUAUGAUAAAUACGUCCAGCCGUGUCAGCGCGUCACAGACUACAGGACCCCCUGGAGUGGAAUCCGGAGGCAUCAUCUGCACAACGCCACACCCUUCGUUCAGGCCAGGGAGGAGAUCCUCAGUAUACUUGAGGGCAAAGUGGUCGUGGGCCACUCCAUCUACAACGACUUUGAGGCGCUGGACAUUCCUCAUCCAUGUCACAUGGUCAGGGACACCGGUACGACACGUCUCCUCAGCCGUUUGGCCGGUUUCCCCCGCAAGCGCUGCCCCUCUCUCAAAAUCUUGGCCAAUAAGCUGCUGAACAGGAAAAUACAGGUUGGGAAGAGAGGUCACUGUUCAGUGGAGGACGCUCAGGCCGCCCUCGACCUGUACAAGCUGGUGGAGGGCGAGUGGGAGCAGGAGCUGCAGAACAAGCUGAGGGACGACAACGCUCCACACGAGCCCAGCUUCGCCUCCUCAAACCACUACAUGCAGGACGAGUACUGGCCAGAUGAUGUCACAGCUGACAGCCAAUAAGAGGAAAGUAUUCACGAGACAUUCAGUGGAAACACCUCAGAAAGUCCCUAAGUUAGAUUUUGGUAUUCUUAGUCAUCAGAGUAGAUUCAGAGAACUAUAAAUAAUGUGAUGAUAUAAAUUAUGUGAAGUCUGAGGAGCUAAAAUUAUCCACAUUGUCUCAUGAGGAGAUGAACUGUAUCACUUUAGGGAAAAUAACUUUAUUGCUUGAAUGAAAACACUUGUUAACUUAUUGCUUUUAAACAUGUUAAACAUGGUUUGUGUUCCUAACAGCAUAUAGUUGCUGUGAUAUUUGCUUGCAGAGUUGAUAAGAAUCAAGAUGGUUGUUCUAGACUUGAUAAUGUUUAUAGUGUGAAAAGUGUUGGUGCUUUUAAAAUGUCUAACUUUGGAGUUUGGAGUUUUCUGACAGUCUCAGCUCUUACUUGAAAGGUUAAAAGGUUAACUGUUAAUAGGGCACAAAGCUCUAAGGCCACACAUAUAGCUGUUUUUGUUUUUAGUUUUUUUUUUUCUUUUCAAAUGGUUCUGUUUACGAGCACAUACAAAUGCACAUUUGGCUGCUGGGAGCAAACUCAAAAGCAGCAGAAGCUGCAGCUCUUAACAUGUUUUUCACUGUCUACAAGGCAAAAGAAAGAACACAAAUUUAAAAUAAACUGAGGACAAGUUUUAAAGUGAUGCAGUUACCUCCAUAUUUAUGUGGCCUUAGGUAUUUAUAUUGUAAGAAUACAAUAUUGUUCAUUACCUUGCACUGCAAGCUGCUCUUAAAUGUCCUAAUAAAAUGGCAUCUUGUUAAAAUAAA